AUGACAUUGCUGGAAAGAAUCUCUCAGAAGUCAGUGCUUCACCCACGCCCAGAGAAUGUCACGUAUACGUACGGCACGGCUGGGUUCAGAAUGCAUGCGGACUUGUUGGACUAUGUCAACUACACGGUGGGCAUUGUUGCUGCUUUGAGGUCGAAAUUUUUAGCAGGGAAAACAGUAGGCGUCAUGAUUACAGCAUCACACAACCCUCCACAAGAUAACGGGGUGAAAAUCGUGGAUCCCAUGGGUAGCAUGUUGGAGGCCUCAUGGGAGAAACACGCCACCUUUUUGGCAAACACGUUGCCAGCGGAGUUAGCCAAAAAUAUCGAGCAACUUGCCCGCGAGCUCGGAAUUGAUAUGUCUAUCCAGGCGUCUGUUGUUAUUGCCAGAGACUCCAGAGAGUCCUCGCCAAGAUUAUCGAAGGCCACUCUCGAUGGCAUUGAUUCUCUCCCUUUCACAACAAAAGUAGACCAAGGUUUGAUGACUACCCCGCAAUUGCAUUAUAUCACACGCACGUUGAAUGACGUAGCUUAUGGCGAGGCCCUGGAGACCGGCUACUACGAGAAAUUGGCAGCUGCAUUCAAGGCUAUUCACAGCUUUGGCAACGGUCAGAAGAUUGAUAUUACUGUCGACUCAGCAAACGGAAUCGGUGCGCCCAAGGUGGAAGAGCUAUUCAAGAACUACCUAUCCAACGAGCUCACCUACUCUUUUGUUAACUCGGCCUAUGAUGAGCCAGAGAAGCUCAAUUCAAACUGCGGUGCCGACUUUGUCAAGACGAACCAGAGACUCCCUCAGAACGUUGAUGCGCAGCCAAAUAAGUUGUACGCCUCUUUCGAUGGUGACGCUGACAGAUUGAUUCACUACUAUCAAAACAGCAAUGGCGAGUUCAAGUUGUUGGACGGUGAUAAGAUUGCUACCUUGCUUGCGCUCUUCUUGCAGAGACUCUUAUCUGACAUUGACACCUCCAAGUUGUCUCUCGAUAUUGCUGUAGUCCAGACUGCAUAUGCCAACGGAUCAUCCACCAAAUAUGUGGAGGAUGUUUUGAAGAUUCCCGUCCGCUGUACGCCUACCGGGGUCAAGCAUUUGCAUCAUGAGGCCGAGAAGUAUGAUGUGGGUGUGUACUUUGAAGCCAAUGGCCAUGGAACGGUUACUUUUUCACCUGAGGCAGAGGAAAAAAUCUUUGGGUUCAAGCCGGUUGGAAAGCAAGAAGAACAGGCGAUACGGAUUUUGCAGCAAUUCACGAAACUCAUCAAUCAAACAGUGGGUGACGCUAUUUCGGACUUGUUAAGUGUUUUGGUGGUCUUGUACUACUUGGAUUUGACUCCAGCUACUUGGGACGAACAGUACACUGACCUACCCAACAGAUUGGUGAAGGUUGUUGUGCCCGACAGAACCAUUUUCGAGACCACAAAUGCGGAAAGAACUUUGGUGAAGCCAGAAGGGAUGCAAAAGGAGAUUGAUGCUAUUAUCUCUAGCUAUCCUCAAGGAAGAUCCUUCGUCAGGGCUUCCGGAACUGAGGAUGCAGUUAGGGUAUAUGCUGAGGCAGACACAAGAGCUAAUGCUGACCGCUUGAGCGACGAAGUCAGCUUCUUGCUCCAAUAA